AUGGCCCGCCCUCCGUCUAAUGCAUCGAGUGUAUACAGUCGCUCGCCAGAUACACCAAAACCACACUCCUCAAGGGCUACGCCUGUCCCCGCCUGGGAUGAUCUUCCCGAGAUUACACCACUGGACCAUCGGAUCUUUGUGGCGGGGAUAACGACCAUGGCAUUAGAGACGACAAAGACACACCUCAGUACAGCAAAGAGCGUGGCACAAUCCCCACUAGACCCAAUCACUGAGAAGCGGAGCCAGCGUGAUCAGCAAGCUCACGAAAAUGAGUUCUAG